AUGGCCCCUACCACGCGCUCAGCUCUUUCCCCUACCACGCCUCGAAAGGCUUACGAGCAGACGCCUCUCGCGGCCGCCGGAGGAAGGAAGACUCCGCACUGUGUGAUCUGCAAGAAGCCUCGCAAGGGCCACACGCGCGCGCGUUGCCCGGAUACACCACUUCAAGCGCACGACAUUGCUUCGCUCGAUGCUCGUCUUUGUGGAGCUAUGAGCUCCCUACGUAUCGACUCACCAGUGGAAUGCAUUCGCGCGUCCCAGACGGUCAUCACACCUCAUAAAUCGAAGGACACGUCCUACCAGACGACAACCAAGGAACAAGAACGCAUCCUGUCCAACGUCCGAGAACCCUCCCCAGAAAGAUCGUUCAUGGGCGAGAAUUUGAGCUUUCUGGCUGGACAACCAACAGAGUCUUGUGAUAGCGACGACACGCAGGACGACUUUCAGCCUACCGAGCCGUUGUCCCUCGCGCAGGGAUCCACUAUCCACACACCACCUUGGAUACACUCUACGAGCGUUGGCACGCGGGAGAGUUUCCUUUGCGGUCUUGAUCGCGUCGCGUCGCGUGCACCGGUCUCCAUAUACACCGUACCUGCAACAGAUGUAAAGCAGUGGCAGCUCUCUGCACGGGAAGGCGGAUUUCACGAGGCUACGGUCGUAAAGCGGAGUGGGAAGCGGGACGAUGUGAUGCUGGUCAUCUCUGCGGAUGAAUCGAUGGUCCGGGACGUGUGCAACAGCCUGGCGAAUGAUCGCUCCUCCUCGAGCCAAAGCGGUGGCAGCUAUGGGCUUGCACAGGCAGCUGGGGGAGCCGUGAUUGGCGCGGUGGCUGCCAUAGCUGGGUUGUCAAUAUGA